AUGGCCGGCCCCGUGGCCCACAUAUCUGCGUUAGCCACGGAUCAGGAACUCCGAGAGCCCCUACAAGUCCACCCGAAACAAGCUACUGGCGAGAGACUGUCAUCCUGGCUCCCCAUGGAGCUCCGGAUGCCCAGAGUUGCGCCUGGCCAUAGCGGCACCACGCACCUGGGAACCAGUCCAGCCGCAGCUUACAUCGCUACCAAGCGCUCAAGCAAGUACCACGAGGAUCGUCCGUUUGUGCUUGACUAUUACCACGAGGAUCAUCCGUUUGAGCUGCAAUGCGAGGGCAGCCACCAUGUUGGCUACAUUCCCGGUGAAUCCACCUCCGACCUGUUCGGCGGCAACAGCAACUGGCGCGGACCGAUCUGGAUCUGUAUGAACUACCUGGUGAUCGAGAGCCUCAAUCGCUACGACUACUUCUACGGCGGCGAGCUCACGGUCGAGUGUCCGACAGGAUCCGGACGCGAGAUGCGACUAUCCGAUGUCGCGCACGAGCUGAAUCGCCGCAUGAGCGCUCUCUUCAUGCCGGACACGGCCGGUCGUCGGCCAUGCCACGGUGGCGCUGAGAAGUAUACGGACGAUCCCUUCUGGAAGGACUUGGUGCUGUUCUACGAGUAUUUUCAUGGCGACACUGGGAAAGGUCUGGGAGCGAGCCACCAGACGGGAUGGACAGCGCUCAUAGCAAACACCAUGAUGGAGUGUAAACCAGUGAAGCCUGCAGCCCCCAGCGCCCCGUCCGACGCAAGGUCCACAACGAGGGGCGCCGGCACCUCGCCCGACGCAAGGUCCACAACUAGAGGGCGCCAACGUCGGCAAGAAAGAGCAAAAGGCGCGAAGUCGCGCGGGAGACGUCAGUGAACGGAAAUACGAAUUGCAAACCCUGUGACGCGUGUAGAGAGUGAACAGGAUGAAUCUCAGAUCAAGCGAUCAGAUUUCGUAGAUAAUUUAGUAGUAAAGAUUUAAUAGAAGCAAUGAAUUUACAAUUUAAAUUGCGAAUGUAGUGAUGAAUUUAGAAUCACGUAAUAAUAGUAGACGAUAGUUCACAUGCUAAUAAAGUUUAUCUCAGUUGGAUCCAAAUCGGAGAGAUGGACGAAAAUGUCGUCUGUGUAAGUUAUUUUUAACUUGAUCUGGAUCUAACUGAGAACAACUUUAUUAGCACGUGAUACGAUACAGUCGGUAAGAUGGCACCCGCAGAUAGGUGCGAAUAGAAUGACUACUAGACACUUAGGAUAUGACUACUAGGCAUUAGGAUAUGACUA